AUGGCCAAUGAGAAUCACGGCAGCCCCCGGGAGGAAGCGUCCCUGCUGAGUCACUCCCCGGGCACCUCCAAUCAGAGCCAGCCCUGUUCUCCAAAGCCCAUCCGCCUGGUGCAGGACCUCCCAGAGGAGCUGGUGCACGCGGGCUGGGAGAAGUGCUGGAGCCGGAGGGAGAACCGUCCCUACUACUUCAACCGAUUUACCAACCAGUCCCUGUGGGAGAUGCCUGUGCUGGGCCAACAUGACGUGAUUUCGGACCCUUUGGGGCUGAAUGCGACCCCACUGCCCCAAGACUCCAGUUUGGUGGAAACCCCCCCGGCUGAGAACAAGCCCCGAAAGCGGCAGCUCUCGGAAGAGCAGCCAAGCGGCAAUGGUGUGAAGAAGCCCAAGAUUGAAAUCCCUGUAACACCCACGGGCCCAUCGGUGCCUAGCUCCCCCAGUAUCCCAGGAACCCCAACACUGAAGAUGUGGGGGACAUCCCCUGAAGAUAAACAGCAGGCGGCUCUCCUCCGGCCCACAGAGGUGUACUGGGAUCUGGACAUCCAGACCAACGCGGUCAUCAAGCACCGGGGGCCUUCAGAGGUGCUGCCCCCGCACCCCGAGGUGGAGCUGCUGCGCUCCCAGCUCAUCCUCAAGCUUCGGCAGCACUAUCGGGAGCUGUGCCAGCAGCGAGAGGGCAUCGAGCCCCCUCGAGAGUCCUUCAACCGCUGGAUGCUGGAGCGCAAGGUCGUGGACAAAGGUUCUGACCCCCUGUUGCCGAGCAACUGUGAACCGGUCGUGUCGCCCUCCAUGUUUCGCGAAAUCAUGAAUGACAUUCCCAUCAGGUUAUCCCGAAUCAAGUUCCGGGAGGAAGCCAAGCGCCUGCUCUUUAAAUAUGCAGAGGCUGCUAGGCGGCUCAUCGAAUCCAGGAGUGCGUCCCCCGACAGCAGGAAGGUGGUCAAGUGGAACGUGGAGGACACCUUCAGCUGGCUGCGGAAGGACCACUCUGCCUCUAAGGAGGACUACAUGGACCGCCUGGAGCAUCUGCGGAGGCAGUGUGGCCCCCACGUCUCAGCCGCGGCCAAGGACUCCGUGGAGGGCAUCUGCAGUAAGAUCUACCACAUCUCCCUGGAGUAUGUCAAACGGAUCCGAGAGAAGCACCUGGCCAUCCUCAAGGAAAACAACAUCCCAGAGGAGGUGGAGGCCCCAGAAGUGGAGCCCCGCCUGGUGUACUGUUACCCGGUCCGGCUGGCCGUGUCUGCGCCCCCCAUGCCCAGCGUGGAGAUGCAUAUGGAGAAUAACGUGGUCUGCAUCCGGUAUAAGGGGGAGAUGGUCAAGGUCAGCCGCAACUACUUCAGCAAGCUGUGGCUGCUUUACCGCUACAGCUGCAUUGACGACUCUGCCUUUGAGCGGUUCCUGCCCCGAGUCUGGUGUCUUCUCCGACGGUACCAGAUGAUGUUUGGCGUGGGCCUCUACGAGGGGACAGGCCUGCAGGGAUCGCUGCCCGUGCACGUCUUUGAGGCCCUCCACCGGCUCUUCAGUGUCAGCUUUGAGUGCUUCGCCUCGCCCCUCAACUGCUACUUCCGCCAGUACUGCUCUGCCUUCCCAGACACAGAUGGCUACUUCGGCUCCCGCGGGCCCUGCCUGGAUUUUUCCCCGCUGAGUGGUUCCUUUGAGGCCAACCCUCCGUUCUGCGAGGAACUCAUGGAUGCCAUGGUCUCUCACUUUGAGAAACUGCUCGAGAGCUCCCCGGAGCCCCUGUCCUUCAUCGUGUUUAUCCCGGAGUGGCGAGAACCCCCCACACCGGCGCUCACCCGCAUGGAGCAGAGCCGCUUCAAACGCCACCAGCUGGUCCUGCCUGCCUUUGAGCACGAGUACCGCAGUGGCUCCCAGCACGUCUGCAAGAAGGAGGAAAUGCACUACAAGGCCGUCCACAACACGGCCGUGCUCUUCCUACAGAACGACCCUGGCUUUGCCAAGUGGGGGCCGACGCCUGAGCGGCUGCAGGAGCUGAGCACCGCCUACCGGCAGUCAGGCCGCAGCCACGGCUCCAGUUCCUCGUCGUCUUCCUCCGAGAACAAGGACCGGGACUCCGGCCGCGAGCAGGGCCCCAGCCGCGAGCCUCACCCCACUUAACACAUCCUGCGGGGAGGAGGAGCCCCAGGGUGCUGGUACGGACGGCUGGGACUUGGGCCUCUUGGGGCUGAGCAGACCCCAGGACCCUCCCCCUGAGGUGGCAGCAGGACUCAGGCUGCCAGUGACAUAGGAAGAUUAUGGCUCUGCCAGGGCUCCCCCUCCCUGCCCGAUCCCCUGACUCCUCACCUCAAACUUGCUCCAGCUCCCGU